UCUUUCCGCCGAGCUCUCCACUUCACCCCAUUGGCCCGCGCGGCCGCCGCUAGAGCUCUGCGCCUGCGCACGCCCCGGGCGGGGGGACGCGGUGGCCUGGCGUGGGGGCGCGGCAGGGCGCAGGCGCAGGCGCAAUGUGUGUCCGCGUGUGGGGGAGGGAUGUGGGCGAGGCGACGGCCCCCGGUUUGUUUGGGCUGUGGGCGGUGCACAGUGCAGAGCCCGGGAAAAGCGGGAAAUGGCGGCGCCGAGCGCAGGGUCUUGGUCUACCUUCAAGCACAAGGAGCUGAUGGCCGCUGACAGGGGACGCAGGAUAUUGGGAGUGUGUGGCAUGCAUCCUCACCAUCAGGAAACUCUAAAAAAGAACCGAGUGGUGCUAGCCAAACAGCUGUUGUUGAGUGAACUGUUAGAACAUCUUCUGGAGAAGGACAUCAUCACCUUGGAAAUGAGAGAGCUCAUCCAGGCCAAAGUGGGCAGUUUCAGCCAGAACGUGGAACUCCUCAACUUGCUGCCUAAGAGGGGUCCCCAAGCUUUUGAUGCCUUCUGUGAAGCACUGAGGGAGACCAAGCAAGGCCACCUGGAGGAUAUGUUGCUCACCACCCUUUCCGGGCUUCAGCAUGUACUCCCACCGUUGAGCUGUGACUACGACUUGAGUCUCCCUUUCCCGGUGUGUGAGUCCUGUCCACUUCACAAGAAGGUCCGCCUGUCGACAGAUACUGUGGAACACUCCCUAGACAAUAAAGAUGGUCCUGUCUGCCUUCAGGUGAAGCCUUGCACUCCUGAAUUUUAUCAAACACACUUCCAGCUGGCUUAUAGGUUGCAGUCUCGGCCUCGUGGCCUAGCACUGGUGUUGAGCAAUGUGCACUUCGCUGGAGAGAAAGAACUGGAAUUUCGCUCUGGAGGGGAUGUGGACCACAGUACUCUAGUCACCCUCUUCAAGCUUUUGGGCUAUGACGUCCAUGUUCUGCAUGACCAGACUGCACAGGAAAUGCAAGAGAAACUCCAGAAUUUUGCGCGGUUACCUGCACACCGAGUUACAGACUCCUGCAUCGUAGCACUCCUCUCGCAUGGCGUGGAGGGCGCCAUCUAUGGUGUGGAUGGGAAACUGCUCCAGCUACAAGAGGUUUUUCGACUGUUUGACAAUGCCAACUGCCCAAGCCUACAGAACAAACCGAAAAUGUUCUUCAUCCAGGCCUGCCGUGGAGAUGAGACUGAUCGCGGGGUUGACCAACAAGAUGGAAAGAACCACGCAGGAUCCCCUGGGUGCGAGGAGAGUGAUGCCGGUAAAGAAAAGCUGCCAAAGAUGAGACUGCCCACGCGCUCAGACAUGAUAUGUGGCUAUGCCUGCCUCAAAGGGACUGCCGCCAUGCGGAACACCAAACGAGGUUCCUGGUACGUCGAGGCCCUCGCUCAAGUGUUCUCUGAGCGGGCUUGUGAUAUGCACGUGGCCGACAUGCUGGUUAAGGUGAAUGCACUUAUCAAGGAUCGGGAAGGCUAUGCCCCUGGCACAGAGUUCCACCGGUGCAAGGAGAUGUCUGAAUACUGCAGCACUCUGUGCCGCCACCUCUACCUGUUCCCAGGACACCCUCCCACAUGAUGCCACCUGCCCGUCAUCCACGCCAAGUGGAAGCCCCUGGACCACAGGAGGUGUGAUAGAGCCUUUGAUCUUCAGGAUGCACAGUUUCUGUUCUGCCCCCUCAGGGAUAUGGGAAUCUCCCAGACUUGUUUCCUGUGCCCAUCAUCUCUGCCUUUGAGUGUGGGACUCCAGGCCAGCUCCUCUUCUGUGAAGUCCUCUGCCUGUAGAGUCAGCCUUGGUCGGACCUAUUGCCAGGAAUGUUUCAGCGGCAGUUGAAGAGCCUGACAAGUGAAGUUGUAAACACAGUGUCAUUAUGGGGAGAGGGCAUAUAACUUCCCCAUAUUUGUGUUCAGUUCCAGCUUUUGUAGAGGGCACUUUAGUAAUUGCUUUUAUUACUUUAGUUAAGAUGUCUGAGAGAUCAUCUAUCUUCUAUUUCAUUCAUAUCCCCCACCCUUUUUGUCCUAGAGUGAGAGUUUGGAAGGUGUCCAGAUUUAAUGUAGACAUUAUCUUUUGGCUCUGAAGAGGCAAACAUGACUAGAGACGCACCUUGCUGCAGUGUGCAGAAGCGGCCUCUGCAUUCCUUUCAGUACUGCAGGGCCCCCCAGUGGAAGGACACUCUUGCCUCGUUUGGGCUCAAGGUUCUGCAGCCUGUCAGCCGACGUUGCCUUGCAUCUGUAUCUUACUGAUCUUUGCCCAUGGAAGUCUCAAAGAUCUUUCAUUGGUUGUUUCUCUGAGCUUUGUUACUGAAAUGAGCCUCGUGGGGAGCAUCAGAGAAGGCCAGGAAGAAUGGUGUUUCCCUAGACUCUAACCACCUCUCUCUCUCUCUCCUCUCCCCUCUCUCUCUCCUCUCUCUUUCUCUCUCUCUCCUCUCUCUCUCUCUCUUUCUCUCUCUUUCCUUCCCGUGAAAUGUCCAUCUCUCUCCCUUACUAUUCCCACUUUCAUUCAAUCAACCUGCACUUCAUAUCUAGAUUUCUAGAAAAACUUCCUAGCUAUCUCCCUGCUUCAUAUCUCUCCCCUUUUACCUUCAUUUCAUCCUGUUGACUGCUGCCACCAAAUCUGUCUAGAAUCCUGCUUUACUGGAUCACGUAAAUACUCAAAGAUGUAAUGUAGUUUUUUGUUCCUGCUUUCUGCUGCAGUAUUAAACUCUCCUUUGAUAUUAUGUGGCCUUUAUUUCAGUGCUAUAUGUGUCAUUUUUCAAUCUAGAAACCUUUAUCCCUGCUUAUCUGAAACUUCCCUGUUCUUUAAGACCUUUUAAGAAAAAAAAAAAGAAAAAUCUUCUUUCUUCCUCUAGUCUAUUCUCCACAUAACAGAAGAGUUUUGAUUUUUAAUUUUUUUUUUUUUUUUUUUUUUUUGGUUAUUUGGUGUUUUUUGUUUUUUAAGGCAAGUUCUCACUGUGUUUCUCAGACUGGUCUCGAACUCCUGGCCUCAAGCCAUCCUCCCGCCUCAGCCUCUCAAAUAGCUGGGACUACAGGUGUGAGCCACCAUGCCUGGCCAGGUUUUGGUUGUUUAAAUAUAAAUCUGAUUAUGUCACCCCCCUGCUUAGAACCCUUCUGCUUUCUAUUACACCUCAUUUAAAAUUUAAACUUCUCACCUUCGUUUAUAAGAACUGGUUCUUGCCUUCCCCUUGAACUUCAUUAAAUGGUGAUUUCUUGCUAAGCUCCAGCCCGAGUGGUCUCCUCAGCUUCUAAUUUUGUGCUCUUUCCUGCCCUCUUCCUGGGCCUUCUCAUCUCUCCGCCGCCACCACUCUUGACUCAGGUGGUGUCCUUAUUCCUCGAGUCUUGACCGUUCCCGGGCCCUUCAGUCCCUGAGCAGUCUACUCCUGUGUCUGUCACCACAUCUUGUCUUUUCCCCUCAUUGCACUUAUUGCAGUUUAUAUGUAUGCUACUUAUAGUUGUUCAUUUCUGGCUCCCCUACCGGCCUGUAAAUGAGGGCAGAAACCUUGUUUGUUUUUUUCAUCAUCAUGUACCAAGUGCUUGGCACAUAGUGGGUCUUCAGUAAAUGUUUGUUGAAUAAAAGAGGAAAGAGGGCAAGCCAACCUUAGCUGCAGUCCUACCUUUUGAUAAAAUGUCCCUUUUGACAAUAUACACAGAUUAUUAUGUGUACUUUGUUUUUCCAUGUGUUUUGCUUUUAUCUGCUGGCAUUUUUAGCUCCUUGAAGACAUUUCAUGUGUGAGAUAACUUCCUUCACAUCUCCCAUGGUCCCUAGCAAAAUGCUAGGCCUGUAGUAGUCAAGGUGCUCAAUAAAUAUUUGUUCUGUGAGCUGGGUGGUUUGAAGCCUUGCUGCCAAGUCCUGCCUUUGGGUUGACAUAGGAUGGAAGUAUUUGAGUGAGAUAACCUUUCCACUCCCACUGCCAGGAUUUUGUAUUCCAUCAGGUGCCAAAUAAAUGCUCAUAUUUAUUACUG